AUGCGUAAACAAGUUUUCCUCCUCGGCGAAGUGGAUCGAACGCGAAAAUGCCUGACCCGCAGCCCAAGCUCCGCCUCCUUCUAUUUCAUCGGUGCCGAUGACAGUUUCUUCCUCCAACAAGUUAACGUAGGAAUCAGCAAACAGGCGGGCCGUUACGCCAUCCCCAAGAGUGAGAAACCCGUCAAACAGAGCUUCCGUCACCCGAAGUUUGACGUCCGGUGGCGCAUCAUUUUCUGGGAAGGGGCAGCCGUUUCCACUGAAAGUUGCGUUGAAGAUCUGCCGCUCGCCUGCGAAGCCAGCCAGGGCCAGACUCGAGGUGUGAAUGAGAAGGAAUAG